AAAAAAUUAGUGUUGCAGUGAAAAAUUGGAGUGCUCAAGACUUUUGGUGCAAACGUGCAAUAUCUAUAUUUGUUUCAUUAAUUCUCAAGGUUGAGGUAAAUUGCAGUAAAAACAUUGUAAUUAUCGUUUCUGAAUCCAAACCCCAUGAACUCCAAGCUUAUCCUCACUGUAAUCGCCCUUCCCUUGCUCGCCGUGGCGAUUGCCUUGGCCACCACCGGCGUCUUCACUCCUCCGCCAAUACGGGGGUCGUUCGACGUCCUCCCCGGUGCCGAGAGGAUCCAUCUCUCUAGAGCUGUUGGGCCGGAGAGCUUGGUCUUUGAUCCCAGCGGCGGAGGCCCGUACACGGGCGUCGCUGAUGGCCGAGUCCUUAAGUGGAACGGCGUUGAUUGGGUGGAAUUCGCCGUUACCUCGUCACAGAGAGAAAAAUGUUCUCACCCAUUCAACCCGGCAAUGGAGCACAUAUGUGGAAGGCCUCUGGGACUGCGGUUUCAUCCGAAAACUGAAGAUCUCUACAUUGCUGAUGCCUACUUAGGCCUCCAAGUAGUCGGGCCAGGAGGAGGAAUGGGUUCGCAGCUAGUAACAGAAGUAGAGGGGCAGCCUUUACGAUUCACUAACGACAUGGACAUUGAUGAAGAGGAAGAUGUGAUUUACUUCACAGACUCUAGCACAGUGUUUCACAGAAGGGAAUUCAUGUCGUCAGUUUUAACCAUGGACAUGACGGGCAAGCUGAUGAAGUAUGAUAUUCCAAAGAAAGAAGUGACAGUUUUGCUGCGAGGCCUUGCUUUUGCAAAUGGUGUGUCCCUCAGUAAAGAUCGUUCAUUUGUGUUAGUAGCUGAAACCACGAGAUGUAGAAUAGUGAGGUUUUGGCUUCAAGGCCCUAAUGCCGGAAAACAUGAUAUCUUUGCUGAGUUACCAGGCUUUCCAGACAACAUCAGAAGAAAUUCUGAAGGGGAGUUUUGGGUCGCUCUUCACUCAAAGACGGGAGUCCUUACAAAAUGGGCGACUUCUUACUCGUGGUUCGGACGUUCACUGUUAAAGCUUCCUCUCACCUUCAAGCAACUGCAUUACUUGUUAGUGGGAGGGAAGCCUCAUGCAACGGCAGUAAAGCUAAGCAAUGAAGGAAAAAUUUUGCAGGUCUUAGAAGACGUUGAAGGGAAGACCUUGAAGUUUAUCAGUGAAGUGGAGGAGAGACAUGGGAAGCUGUGGAUUGCUUCCGUACUCAUGCCUUACAUAGGAAUUUAUACUGUGUAAUAACAAACUACCCAUUUAUAUGGAUGAUACCAAUCUCUUUUCACCUAAUGUAUCAUUAUGGUUCAUAUUGACACGACGGGUAUCCGUCCCUCUUUUAUGGAAAUCUGCUGAUCUGAGCUAUACGUAUAAAAGGUGCUAUAUAAAUUUAAA